AUGUACGAAAUGACUCCCAGGUUUGCAGAAUCAUGCGAAUGUGGCCCUUUGAGUCUGGCCGUAAUUCGCCAUGACGUUCUCGAAGUAUCUCGUAUCUUGGGCCGAUCCCCUGAUUCACUUACUGAACGAGACAUUUACGGUCAAAGCCCAAUUCACCUCGCAGCAGCAAAACCUCGAGUUCUAUCCCUGUUGGUCGAAGCCGCCAAUAUUGAACUUCUAAGACUACGCGAUUACUCUGGAUUCGAUGUACUUGACAUGGCCAUGGCAUACAGUUCGUGGCAGUGCGUUAAUGGCUUCUCUCCUGAUCGAUGUCGGCAAUGUUCAUGCACCGAAUGCGUCACAAUUCUGUUCAAGGCUGGCUGCAGUGUACGCACGCAUGAACCUAUUGAUGAAGACCAUUCCCGUUCCCAAUUAAACGAAGUUUUGGGCGGUGCAUCUGAGCUCGCGCGACGGCGUUAUAUUUUCCAAAUGAAAGUGAUGCGGGCUGCUCAAUCCCGAGCUUUGGCAUCUCACAACGGAGUCCGGGAGCGGCACACGGACUGUAGAUAUAGUACCAUCUGGACAGAGCCAUACGUCGCAGCAUCGAUAGGAAUGCCAGAUACAUGUGAUGGAAAAAGUGGUGAGGAAGACUGGAGCUGGGUCUAUUGCAAAGGAGGAGAUCCACAUCUCGGUGACCUUUUUUACAGGCAUGGCUUCCAGCCUCAUCCGUCGCUUUUCACUCUUCUCCCCUCGAUAAAGUGGAUGAACCUCUCUGUUACUUACAUGUGCUGGUUGGCUGAGCACGGUGUGGACCUGUUCUUACGAUCUACCCAACACACUGUUACUGACAGUUCCUCAACUGUCGGACUAUUUGGUGCACACUUUGCCUUCUACCAUGCAUAUUGGAACAUCGAUGUAACAACAGAUACCGAGGACUUGGCAAUCCUUUUGAAGCAUUAUGAGGCUGUGGAGAUUCGGGGUCUGACAGACGGUUGUCACUGUGCCUGUACGAUCGGAGGAUGCAGUCCCUUUAUAUGGACGUCGAAAAAGCAGUUGGACCCAGACUGUGGCCUUGGCUCCGCUGCCGAACAUCUGGCAUCCAAAUACCAGAUAUACAAUACUGUGCUGACAAAGCUUACAUAUGCGGCAGCAAUCAGAUUUGCCACAUUUGAAGCUUUGGGUCUCAAGCAUACAUGCUGCGAACCGGGUGAUAUACUGUAUGUAGGGGAGCUGCAUGACGCCAACGAUGUAGGUGUCAUGAACGAAGAACAAGCCAAGCAUUUGGAAUUGCAUGAGGAACUGGUGGCAGAGUUCGAAGAGAAAGCCCGUGAAUUCCUGGAACGACGGACUGAUAAUGGCACGGACUUUCCCAAUUUCUGGUCCUCGUACUGGAUUGAUCGGAUUCAAGAAGUUCUAGAAAGUCUUGACGGCGAUGAGCUGACAGAUGAGGAAAGACGAGGCGCGGAGGAGAUUGGGGUCAGUCGAGCCGACGGUAUCCCAGGCCACUGCGAUUCUUGGCUGCCUCCUGUGCUCAUGGGCUUGGAAAGUUGUCAUCGCUCGGUCAUUUUCCAGCCGCCGCUGCAUCUCUGA